CUAAUUCAGAGCACCCACUUUGAUAAAUUUUUAUGGAAUUUCUAGUUCACCCAAGAGCCCAGCCUGCUAGCAAAACCCAAUAAUGGCCCAAUAUCAUAAUUGAAAUUCGAAGGUGCAAAUGGAGUGCUAACACACUGACACUGAGUAGACUGAAAAGAUGUCUUCCUCUUUAUUAUUGGUGUCCAUUCCGUUCCCGGCAGUUAACGGUGGUCUGAUCCUAGAUAACCACCGGAAAAUUCAGUCUUUGAAUUAUCAAAAUGGCAGAAGCAAGGAUUCGCUUGGCAUUCGGUCGAGGGAUUGUAAGUUGAAACCAAAGUCGAAUUCGAGGAGGCUAUGCUGCAACUCUCUGCUGGCUGAUUUUGCCCCCACCGCCUCCGCCGCAUACGGUGUCCUGCUACUCUCUGGCGGUGUCUUUGCCUUUUCCAGAUCCGGAAGCAAGGGGUCACUCUUUGGCGGCUUCACUGGAGCUGCUCUAAUGGCAUCUGCCUACUUUCUUAUGCAAUCAUCGGAUAAAAAAGCACUUGGUGAUGCCAUUGGGUUUGGAUCUGCAUUCCUAUUCUCUUCUGUUUUUGGCAUAAGAUUGGCUGCUACGCGGAAAUUGAUUCCUUCAGGUCUUUUGUUAGGUCUUUCUAUCUGUGCAUUGGCUGUGUUUGUCUCAGCAUAUUUACAAGAUAGUGUUUGAUCAUUGUCCCUUGUAUUUGGUAUAGCAUUGCUUGGAAAUCAAUACUCUUCGUAAAUGAAUAAUCAAGUCACUCAAUCUGAUAUCUGUACACCAAGCAGCUAACCUUAGAGAACAGUCUUGCAAUAUGUUACUACUUCCUUCUCAAUGAAGUUUUGCUUCCGUGUCAACCAUGCGAUUGUACAAUUUCCUUGAUGCAGUUUAGCAGUGCAGAGUUCACCAUGCAGAAUACUUUACACUAUUCGAUAAAGCUACUCAUGCUUAAUUAAUAUAACAGUAUCAUUGUUAGAUAUGUAAAAGUGAUCCGGUGGUUGCCGUUUUCUAAGAAUGGACAAGGCCUUGGGAAUAGAGAAGUAUUAUGGAAGGAUUGUGUGUCAAAGCACAAUGCAUAUGUAGUGGGAAGUACACUACUCAUGGGACUCCACACUCAUUGAUGGCUAACUUGUGCCAAGAUUCUGGGGGGUAAGUUGAAAGAGCUGACUUUUUGCUACUCUAUUCUCUGGUCUCUUGGUUGUCUCGAGAUUGUGGGUACACUUGCUCCAUUCUUAAAAACAUGUGCUCUUGAGCUUGUGUUUUAUAAAGUAAUCAAGGAAGCCAAGAGCCAAAAGCAGAUAUUUCAAGUUUUGAAGCUUUGACCUUUACGGUUCGUGAAUGUCAACAAAAUCAGGCUUCAGUUACUGCUAUAUUUUUAAGUCUUAUGGUACAGGAAAAUUGACUUUCUGACGCAAAACGUGUUGAGCUUCUGUUUUAACUCUUAUGUAUUAGCAUCCUUUCAACUUUCUUCUUUCAUUUUAGAAUAAUAACCUUGCUAUUUUUCC